AUGCAAGACGGAAUUGCACCUUAUGAACGAAACGAAAUCUCGGAAAUUCUCAAGAAACAAAAGUUUUCAGUAUUGAUAGAUGAGAGUACGGACACAAAUCUUAGCAAUAGUUGUUCGUUCUUUUUGAUGAACAAUCUUCUGGAUGCAAUUGUAAAUGGUUCGUCUCAGGGUUUGAACGAUGCUGUCAAGUCUACGCUUACAAAAGAAGAUGCAUCUAUAAGCAGCAUACUUGGAUUUGCCUGUGUUAAUUACUCAACAUUGACGGGUAACAAGGGCAGGUUUCAAAAGUUAAUGAGAAAUGAUAUUCCGACUGUAUUUACAACAGGCUGUGUUUGCCAUUCGUUUGCGCUUUGUUCAAGUCAUGCAGUGAGGGUGUUACCUUCGUAUCUCGAGCCCUUUUUUAAAGGACUUAACUUUUCUCGAAGUGGCAAACGUCAAAUUGACUUCAAUAUGAUACAAAGUGCUGUUGGCACAAAGGAAAACAAUAUUCCAAAGCUUUCGCAAACUAGAUAG